AUGAUAUCUUCAACGAAGCAAUCAAUUCAUUUGACCUUAACUCCUGAAGCUGAGACCGUUUUUUCUUCAUCCUUUUCAUGUGAAACGGACAUGAAAAGACAGAAAGAAGAUAUUUCUGUCCAGUUAAUUUAUCGCCAAAGUGGCUCACUCACUGCAAGAACACAUUAUUCACCAGAAAAAACACCUUCGUUGGCAUUAAAAAACCUUUCUCCGUUCAUUCAAAUAUCACCCAGAAAAACACCAACACCAAAUGCCGUGAAAAAGAGUCCAGAAGAAGCAAUGAGGAGAAUGUUAUUCAAUUUUCCUUCAAAUUUACUUACCGCUUAUUGUCAAAUCGUUUGUCAUUGCGUUAAAAUUAUAUACAUUUAUACUAUUUUUUUCAAUGUUUUGAAUUUUUUAAAAAUUUUUGUGAAACAAGACGAGAGUAAUCCGUUCUAUAUCAAAUCACUUCUUCAGUUUUAUUCAUCGCGAGGAAAACUGACUGAUCUUUUGAUUUAUUUAGCACAAGAAGAAAUUGAAAAAACAAAUCAGCAUAAUAUGUUAUUUAGAGGAAACACCAGUUUUACUCGAAUAUUCACACAAUAUUUGAACCGGUACUGUUCGUCUUUUUUGAAUAACACAUCAAUUCAAGUCGUUCAAAUUCUUUUAAAAAAGAACACUAAAAACGAAGAAGAAAAUGAACUACAAAAUGCUUUAAAAAAUACAAAUGAUGAUCUUGUAUUUAACAAUGACUUCUUUGACACUUUAAAUCUUUUCACAAGCAUUUUGGAGUCACAGAAAAAUACCUUCCCGUCACACUUACAAGAGAUUUUGAGAAAUGUUUAUUAUAAAGUCAAAGACAAAAGAGACGAGAAACAAGCGAUAAAUGCGGUCACCACUUUACUCUUUUUAAGAUUCAUAUUAACACCAUUUACUUCUACUCCAGUCAUCUUAAAAGAAACACAGAAAUUGAUUGGAGAAAUUGGAACCAUAACUUUACCAUUCAACAAAAACCCACUGACAAACAGACAGACAACCCACUUUAAAUUGUAUGUUGAGUCUUAUAUCAAUACCAUUCUCUUUGGACCAACUAAUUACGCUCUCUCACAUCGCGGAUUUAACGCACUUGAACAGGAAAACUCUUUAAUUGCUAUAAUCAACAUUAUCAGACAAGAAAUGAGAACCUUUUCGAUGAUCUAUAAAGGCGAUUUCGAUGAUGUCUUUAGUGUAAUCAAAGGAAAGACAGACGCUUUAGUGAAUUGCAGCAUCUCUUAUUCAACCGCUGAAUUCGUCAAAUGGAUGGACGACCGUGAAAAAUUGAUAUACAAAGAAAAUGAUCUCCUCAAAAGGAACAUCGAGACACUCAAAGCCAAUAUCUGUUACCUCAAAUCAAAGAUCGAGUCCGCGGAAACUGUUUCUAUUUAUUCAUUGUGA